ACUGUGAGGAGAUAGCUGGGUGGCAGGGACAGGGGGAGAGACAGGGGCUUUUCUCUGCGGCCACCUGGAAAAAGCCAUGUAAGAUCAGUGGCUUUUCAAGACAGAAAUACAGAAAUAAUUCGAUUUUAUAAUACAGUCAUCCAAAUUUGUAACACAGCACAACUUAUUCUGGAGAAAUCUAAGAAGACUACGACACUGGAGUACAAGAGGGCAAACUUAAAGUUUCUGUAAAGUUUAAAGUGCGCACCGGAGCUUCAUGGACACGCGCAGAAAUCCCCAAACCGACUCCAAAAGAACAAACCCCCUCAAGUUGAGCACCAAGGAUAUCUCCAAUCAGUUUUGAUGUCAGGUGAAAGUGAAGUCAGACUGACGGAGGUUUUAUCUUUAGCCAGGUAACGAACUUUUUAACUUUACUUUACAGAUCGGUGCGUAAUUGCGCAGCGGUGAGGCAUGAGUGGAGGUCGCUUUGAAUUUGAUGACGGAGGAGCUUACUGCGGAGGCUGGGAGGGAGGCAAAGCCCACGGCCAUGGUAUCUGCACCGGACCCAAAGGCCAGGGCGAGUUCUCCGGCUCCUGGAACUACGGCUUCGAGGUGGUGGGGGUCUACACCUGGCCCAGCGGAAACACCUACGAGGGGUACUGGUCACAGGGGAAGCGUCACGGCCUGGGAGUAGAAACCAAAGGACACUGGAUUUACAAAGGGGAAUGGACUCAUGGCUUCAAGGGGAGAUAUGGGAUCCGGAUCAGUGUGGGCAGUGGAGCGAAGUAUGAAGGAACAUGGAAUAAUGGGCUACAGGAUGGAUAUGGAACAGAAACAUAUGCUGAUGGAGGUACUUUCCAGGGUCAGUUCACAGGUGGGAUGCGGCACGGCUAUGGAGUCCGUCAAAGUGUCCCUUAUGGCAUGGCAGCAGUUGUCCGCUCCCCUCUCCGUACCUCCCUGACCUCCCUUCGCAGCGAGCAUAGUAAUGGCACCGUCUUGCAGCAAGACAUCCCCGUCAUCACCACCACCAACGCCUCAGGUGAGGAGACACCCGUCGCCACCCCUACCCAGCUGGGACCGUCCCGCGGAGGCUUCGCCCUCACGCUCCAGGUGGACCCAGAGGCUGUGAAACCCAAGAAGAAGGGCCUGUUUCGCAGGAGCUCCCUGCUGGGUAAGCUGAAGAAAUCCGACUCAAGCACCUCACUGUCCAGCCAGAAGAGCAAGAUCAGCUUCCUGAGGACUGAAUCGGCUCUCAGCUCCAACGCCAGCGACACCAACUCUACCAUCAGCAUCGGGGACGAGAGCCUGGCUGGAGCCGAGGACUUCCCCCCAGUGGAGGCCGACAUUGAUGCGACCACCACAGAGGUCUACAUGGGCGAGUGGAAGAACGACAAGCGCUCAGGAUAUGGAAUAAGCGAAAGGUCCAGCGGGCUUAAGUACGAGGGCGAGUGGCUGAACAACCAGAGACACGGCUACGGCUGCACCACCUUUGCCGAGGGUGGGAAGGAGGAGGGCAAGUACAUGAACAACAUGCUGGUGAAGGCCAUGAAGAAGAGGGUGAUCCAGCUGAAGGGAACCAAGAUCAAGCAGAAGGUGGAGCGGGCGGUGGAGGGCGCUCAGAGGGCUGCAGCCAUCGCCAAGCAAAAGGCAGAGAUCGCUGCUUCAAGGACGACUCAUUCGAAGGCCAAGUCAGAGGCAGCCGAACAGGCCGCUCAGGCCUCCAACAGAGAGUCCUGCAUCGCCAGACUGGUGGCCAAAGAACUCUCCCCAUCCUUCUACCAGCCAGGUCCUGAGUAUCUGAAGAAGAGAGUGUUACAUGAGGCCGCAGAGGGAAGUGAGAACACAGACACCGUCAUGCAUGAGCCGCUGCUCGCCGAGGAGGAGCCCCUGCCCACGCCACCCGAAAGCCCACUCAUGAAUGAACUGGACAGCCUCAUGCCGGGCUCGUCCCCCGGCCGCACCCCCUCCCCCAGCCCGGGCAUCUUCGCCAAGGAGGACCCCAAACUCCUCAGUCCAGGGAGCUGGAACGAAGACAAAACCAUCAAAGGUGGAGGCAGUAAACCCAACAGCAGGCCCAAUAGUCGCCCCACUACCCCGUCAACUUCCGUUUCUGCUCCCGCCUUGGCCGCACCUGAGGGCGGAGCGGCCCCCGCCAGUCGUGGCCCCUCACGCAACCCCAGCCGUCAGAGCAACAAGAACGAGCAGGGCUCUGACCUGGAGAUCAAGCCACUGCAGAAGUUUGACUCCGAGACGAAAGCUCCAGAAGUCUCUCCUGCACCCGCUGCCCCUGUAAGGAAUAGCCUCAUCUCUAUGGAUGAAGAAGAAGCACCGCGCCCCACCUCAAAAGUGUCCUCUAAAGCUGUCACCCCUGAGCCUAAAACCAUCGAGGUCAAAACCGAAAGAGCUCCAUCCGUCCACGAACGAGCGCCAUCCGUCUCUGAGAACAAAGUAGAGUCCAGGGAGGUCAACCGGCCGUCCAGCAAAGCAGAGACAAAGCCAUUACUGAAACGGCAACCCAGCCCAGCUCCGUCUCCCAAACCUGCACCCAGUCCCGAAACCAAACCAGAACCAAAGAAAAUCGAAGCCAAACCCAUCGUGGCCAAACCGGCAUCGAAGGUGGAGCCCAAAGCAGAAGUCAGACUGAGGGCCAUGGUGUCGAGUCCGAGUCAUGAGGUGACUGCAGAGUCUCUGGAGCUGGAGGGCCCAAACACCAUCAUGAUCUGCAUGGUCAUCCUGCUCAACAUCGGCCUGGCCAUUCUCUUCGUACACAUUUUGUCAUGAGACAUCGUCCAACACCUCAGGUCACCAGCAGCGUUGGAGAGAGACGGCCGGCCUCCUCCUCAGUCAGGACCAGAGACAACCAACGACCGCUGAGGAGACGACGCCGCCUCACGCGGACCGCCGCAGCCCCUCUGAAGGUUUUUGGCCGCUGUGAUGCUCCUCUCUUUCCAGAGGUUUGACAAACUGAAGGACAUGAAAACAGAUUCAGAGCGUCCGAGUAGGAUUGUGUUUGUAUGUGAAAGUCGGGGGCUGGAUGGGAGAGUACGUCCUCGGUGCUCACACUGGAGAAGCAGCGCUCGACAAGUCUCAGUUUAACUUUGCCACAGUGUGUCACAAGUGUGUCAGAAAAUAAAAAGGCUUUAAACUCGAUCCUUAAUCGGCACGCUCUGGCUGAUCAGACGAUCUCAGUAGAUAAAUACACUUAGUCACAAGUUUGUUUUAUGAAGGAAUGGCUGAUUAUUCUCUCCACUUUGCCUUAAACUUGAUUAUUGAGACACAAAUUUGACUGCAGCAGACGUGUGAAAGAUUUAGGAGUGUCAUCAUUUUUAAUCAUCUGUAAUGUCCGAUGUGUGUUGAAAAAAAAAAAAAAAAGCUGCAGCAGAUUCAUUAAUAAUCCGACGUUACUGUAAAGCCAGUUUUUCAUCUUGUUGCUCUUCUUAAGACUCCAAAGCAUCCAGAGUAUUUUUGGCUAACUGCAUUUGAGACUGGGGUGUACUACACUGUGAAACUUUCUACUUUCACUGGGAUUUAUAUGCAUUUAUUGACAUUCUGCUGCUUUAAGUUUGGGAACUGCUAACCAAAUAAAUAGAGAAGGACAAUAGGAAGCUUUUGUAUGUUCCUGUGGUGUUUGUCAGGCGGUUUUAAACGUCUAUGUUUUGCAAUAGAAUGAGCAGAAAGGAAACUUGGAUUUAUCUUAUUUAAAACAAUCACUGUAUGUUGUUGUAAAGUUUCUAAAUCUACAGAUUUGGCAGCAGGAGGUGUUUAGGCUGGUGUGUUUGCCUGUGAAAUCCGUCCACUCUCUUCCACACUGCUUUAUAUUCAGGGCCUGUCGUUGCUUUAGAGCCAAAAUACAAGUUCGACUUUUGUACGCAUGAGGGCACUUUGUGCGUAUGUGUCUGUAUUUUUUUGUACCGUUUUUUGAAGUGCACGUCUUUUCAGCAUUCGAAAUAUUCUGCUGUAGGAUUUUUGUCGGAGGCAAACCUAAAUUUAUUUAUUUCCCAAAAAGGAGUCAGAUUACCUCGCGACUGUGAGAUGGAGAAAAAAAUACAUAAAAAUGUUCCAAACUCCAUGUCUUACACUGAGAAGAGCGCUCUCUAGAACAUUUCUACCCAUCCUUUAGCUAAAAUAGGUCUUGCUUUUGAGUUUGCAAAUGAACACAGACCGCUGGUUGUGCGUUUUCAUGGAAAAGAGGAAAAAAAGUUAACAUAUUUGGAUUACAUUUUUGCCCCAAAGUUAGUUCUUAAUCUAAUAAAAUGCAUUAAUUAAUAGCAGAAGAGUCGGAUGAGCUCGAUGGUAAGUGCAAUAAAACUUCAUGUAGGUCAGUGUAAUGUAGGAGCCGUUUUGUUUUGUCUGUUUUAGUGCGUUUAAUGAAAUCAAAUAACAUUGCUGAAAUUGAAGAAAUGCAUUUCUGUAGCCAAACCUGGUCAAAAUCACAAAGAUGAAAACAAAAAAAUAAAAAAACUUUUACAACA